CGCCGCGCGUCACGUGACCCACCCCGCAGGCCCCGCGAUGUCUGCGCUGGCCCCGCCGCGGCUGCCCGGGUUGGUGCUCACCGAGCGGCUGGGCUCGGGCAGCCACGCCACGGUCUACCGGGGCUACAGCAAGACUAACAGUCGGGAGGUGGUGGCCGUGAAGUGCAUUUCCAAGAAGAGUUUGACGCGCAGCUCCACGGAGAACUUGCUCACCGAGAUAGAGAUCCUGAAGAGCGUGCGCCACCCACACAUCGUGGAACUCAAGGACUUCCAGUGGGACCAUGAGAACAUCUACCUCAUCAUGGAGUUCUGCGGGGGGGGCGACCUCUCCCGCUUCAUCCGCAGCCGACGCCGCCUCCCGGAGAAAGCCGUGCGCCGCUUCCUGCAGCAGCUGGCUUCAGCCUUGCAGCAUCUCUACGAGCGCAAAAUAUCCCACCUGGAUCUGAAGCCCCAAAACAUUCUGCUCACUUCCUGCAGCCACCCGACUCUCAAAGUGGCAGACUUCGGCUUUGCCCAGUACAUGGUGCUGGAGGACGAUUGCCGCUCACUCCGCGGCUCGCCGCUCUACAUGGCGCCCGAGAUGGUUUGCCGAGGCCAGUACGAUGCCAAAGCCGACCUGUGGUCUGUGGGCAUCAUUCUGUACGAAGCGAUCUUUGGGGAGCCACCCUUCGCCUCGCGCUCCUUCACCGAGCUGGAGGAGAAAAUCAAGAGCGAUCGCCCAAUCGAGCUGCCGCCCGGCGUGCACGUGUCGCCCGCGUGCCGCGACCUGCUGGAGCGGCUGCUGGUGCGCGACCCCGAGCGCCGCAUCUCGUUUGAGGAGUUCUUCUCGCACCCGUUCCUCGACCUGGAGCACAUGCCCAGCGCCAGCAGCCUGGAGAUGGCAGUUUCCCUGGUGACGGAAGCGGUGCAGAAAGACCAGAAGGGAGACUUGCAAGGCGCCCUAAACCUCUACUGCCAGUCCCUAGAGUUCUUCAUACCCGCACUGCACUAUGAAACUGACUGCCGACGGAAGGAAGCGGUGAGGAAAAAGGUCACUCAGUACAUCGCGCGGGCCGAGGAGCUCAAGGUGAUGCUGAGGUGCAACUUCCAGGAGACCUGCGUGCGGGCAUGCACCUCCCGCGAGAUCCUGCUGGAAAUGUCGAAAGACAAGCCCCGCCUCCACAAGGCCCUCCAGCUGGCACAGCAAGCCGUCACACUGGAGGAGGACGGUGCCGAGCCGGUGCUGGAGCUCUACCAGGAGGCGCUGGGGGAGCUCAUCCUCAUGCUGGCAGCUGAACAGGAAGGCAGAAGAAAGCAGCUCCUUCACUCGGAGAUUCAGAAUGUCAUGAGCAGGGCUGAGCGCAUCAAACAAGACAAUAAGAUGCGGGAGUCGAAGGACACUGCUCUGGAAGCAGGGGAGCUCUCCGACUCUGUGAGAACAGCGUGUACGAUACAGUAGCGCUGCUGUGGGAGCGCUCGGCAUCUGAGCGAUUGGAGCGGCGUGGAGAACGGUGCGACACCUUUGGAACGCUGAAUUUAGUGCACAGUAGGAAGGGCGUUAUGGUGUACAUUCUCUAUGCGGCUUUGAAAAAGCUGUCAAACUCGCGCCGUGGCGAUUAAAUGUGUACAGGUGACCAUUUCACCUUGACACCCGCUGGGGAACAGGCUUUGCGACGUGGAGACGGACUGGCUGUUUAACUUGAGAACUUACACCAUACGUAGAGACACAUGAAGCGUGUCCAUGCCAUUGUUUGUUCCCCGUAGUCUUUGCGUGCAGAGAUGCACAGAGAUCCCUGAAACGUACGAUGCAGAGCAGUUUUCCGGUGCAAAAUAUCACCGUGCAAUUGUUGGGCAUGUGCCUGAGCUUGUACUGCAACCCUUUAGGAAGAUAAAUGAGAAAAUGUGCCAUGCACCGAUGCACAUGUAUUGUACGUUAUAUUUCAUCGCAGUAUUUAAAUGAGAUAUUUUGAAGCUACGUAGUGUGUGCAAUUUUACGUGUAUCUCAAUGCAUAUGAAAAAACAUUAACAUACACGUUGGUUUAAGUUGCUUAUUUAAUAUUACGAGGCAGUCUAUGAUUUGUAUUUAAAUAUUGGUAUAAUAUAUAUAUAGGGAGGCUCUUAGAUAUUUAUAUGGCCAGGAUGUCCUUGUAUACCAGCGGUAAGGGUAGGUGGGGCGAGGGGUCACACCCUUGCCAUGACCCCUUUUCCAAGACUUGAGAUUUUAGGUGCCGUGAUCAUACCUGGAGCCGUCAUGGUCCCAGGCUCCGCAUAUGAAGUUCUCUAUAAAUAAACGUGUUCAUCACAUUGAA